CGGGAGGGGGGCAGGAGAGAGGGCGCGAGAGAGAAGCAGAAGAGAUUGUUCUUCCGGGUCCUGAGUUGUCUUCCGGUCUGGCCAGUGUCGAAGACGGCUGCUGGUCGGUGGUUUUAGGUGGGCUGCUGCUGCCGCCGCCGGAUCCCCGCAGUUUGCAUGGUGGGCGCGAAGCAAAGAGGGAGGACAGAGGCUCAGAAUCUACUCCGCUGCUGUCUUACAUUGCCUGUUGAUCAGUGGGCUUCAAGAGAGCCAUGAAUGAGAUGAGAUAGCCGCCCACGAGCGUGCUUAAAUCCAACUCCAGAUGGAUACAAAAUACAAAGACGAAGUAUUUAGGAAAUAUGUACAGUUCCAUGAAUCUAAAUUGGAUACCUCUGACAGAAAGCAGUGCCCAAUUACCAAUCUACAAAUGGCAGCUUCAGCGUUACUCUGCUUUCCCAAGAUUGAUCCCUUUUAUAGAUUCCGGUUAAUUAAGUUUUAUGAAAUUGCUGAAAAUUCACUUCGGUCCUUGAGAGCUUCAAGUCUGCAUUCACUCCAGAAUGCAUUCAAAGUGCUAGAAUCAGUCGGAAUUAAUCUUUUUCUUUACCCCUGGAAGAAGGAAUUCAAAAAUAUAAAGACUUAUACAGGCCCUUUUGUUUAUUACGUAAAGUCUACAUUAUCUGAUGAGGAUAUAAAACAGAUAUUAAACUUGAUGGGAUACGUUCAAGAACUUGGAACUAUUUAUAAGCUCAAAGAUCUGGUUGAUACCUUUCAAGUCAAGAUGGUAUCAUUUGAACUGUUUCUGGCCAAAACAGAAUGUGAACAGUUGAUCGAAAUUCACUUGCAGGUGAAGGAAAAAGGUUAUUCUGAACUUGACAUUGUAAAGGAGAGAAAAAAUAGCAACGAUGAUGUUCGUGGCUGUUCAGAUGCCUUGAAACGCCGUGCUGAAUGCAAAGAGAAUCUAAACACUUCCAUGUCACGAAUGGUACUUCAGAAAUCUGCCAGUGAAAGAGGCUCUAAAGAUUAUUUCAAACCCAAAGUUAGCAAACCUUCUAAAUCAGUGGACACGUAUGAUAAUUAUUUGGAUAGUAAGAAGCCACCUUUGAUGGCAUCAUUGAGUUUCCGGAAAGAGCCCAUUUUGGUUGAUACUGAAGAUGACAUAAAAGAUGAAAUAAUUCGACCAUCGCCAUCCCUCCUAGCCAUGUCCAGUUCUCCACAUGGAUGUACUGAGGAAUAUUUACCAAUUUCAUCCCACACCAAUGGCAUAUUAAGAACAGGUAUGCCAUUUGGUACUUAUUAUUCCCCUCAAGAUGAUUUAGAUUUAUAUACCGAUCCUGAUUCUAGAAGCGUGUUUAAAAGACAAGAAUCCUCUAAACAUGAUGUGUGGCUGCUCAAAAAUGAUGCCAAUCCAAGUUACCAUAAACGUACACAUCUAGCCAAAGAGACCUCUUCCCUUAAGUGCCAAAAUUGCGGAUUGUCUUGCGGCACCUCCAUUUGCCAAAAAUGUGACAACGUGCUCAUCUGCAGACAAGAAUAUCCAGCAAUAAAACAAAGCAACUAUUCACUCAAAUCACUUUCAGGUGAAAGUACAUCCGGAUCUUCUGGAAGGGAGAAGCCACAAUAUAUGUUACAGACUCAAGAGCGAGCAUCUCACAGUUCGAAAUCCAAAGCUUUGGGUUCUUCUCGCUGUGGCUUUUGCAACCGUUCAGGAGCUGCCAACACAUGCACUUAUUGUUCUAAAGUUUCCUGUGAUACUUGCCUCAAUGCUUACUAUUAUGAUCCCUGUUGUCGAAAAAGUGAGGUUCACAGAUUUUUGCCAAACAAUCAAUUAAACUACAAAUCAAACCAGCUCUCGCACCUGGUUUAUAGAUAAUUUUUUUUUAAAAAAAUAUUUUUUCAGAAUCCUUUAUUUUGGGGCAAAAGGGCUAAAAACACAAAUAUGCUGAUAAGUAUUUUAGCAAACUUUUAAGAGAAGAGGAACAGAUAUGCCCUAUUAAUAGUGUAUACAGCAUAGGUGCCAAUCCCGAUGAUGUGGUUUUUAUAAAUGUUAAUGGUCUAGUUCAGGGGUCUGCAAACUUUGUUCCUUUAAGACUUGUGGACUUGAACUCUGGGAGUUGAAGUCCACAAGUCUUAAAGGAGCCAAGUUCGCAGACCCCUGGUCUAGUUGAUGCUGCUACUCUUUUUAGGCAACCUUUAGUUGCUUUUCCAUUUAGAUGAUGAUGAGAAGCACUUCUUUUUGUUUUUUUUUUCCAGAAUCAGGCAAUCAAUUUACUUUUCUUUUACUAAAAAAAAAUCAUAGCUCUUUCACUGCUGUGUUUGCCUCAUUUAUGUAACAUAGCACAGGAAUAAUAACUAAAAGGGCAACUUAAGAACCAAGAAGAACAUUUUUAGAUCAUUGUAAAAUUGUUUGAAGUUUAUACAUAACAUUCACACAUAUGUUUGCUCUUAGUUCAUCCCCUCCACACCCAUUUUUUUUAAAAACAAAAAUGAAGUUUUACUUACAUUUCCUGGGUUCCAGUAGAGAAAUCAUGGAGGUGUCAUUUUGCGGAUUUUCCAAGAUUCUCUCUCUCUUUCAAAAAUAUAACAUUAAAUUUUAAAUAGAGUGUUUACUUUAUUGUCCACAUUGCCAAAAUAUCCUCUUGUUUGACUGUUCUAGUAUUCUAAAGAUAUCACUUUGUAUGUGUUACAUUAUGCCUGGAGUGCUCUGUUUUCUAAUAAUCAAUGAUAAUUCUGCACAUGUAUCAGAUACUUAUUUUUACUGUAAAUAGUUAAUUUGGAAGUAGUUUAUUUUAAUAAAUAUAUUCAAUAUGUGGUCUUUUGAAUAUGGGUAAGAUCAUGUAAUUGAAGUCUCUGGAUUAUUUUUUCAGAUAACAUUUUACUUUGUACUUUAUUUGACCUGCAGCGUAUUAUCAUUGUUAUACAGACUCGUUUCUAGAAUUCAAUUCAUUCUUUAUUCCUUUCAAUCAAAUGAAAUUUUGAUUCCUGAAUCAGAAACUUGGAUACAUAACUUUUAUCUGUCUAUAAACUCAACGUUAGAAAGAGCUGAGCACACACAUGCACAUUUACUUAUGCUAUCUCUCAUUCAUACUUCUGGGAGUAAGUUUACAUAAACUCCACAUAGCUGCACUCCACUGCAAUUUGGUUGUAUUAAAACAAAAAUGAGAGGAGUUAAUGCUGUUGCCAGCCAUUAAGAUUUCUCUACCCUGGAGGUAGAUUUAAAUGCAUAAUUUGAUAUAGUUCCAAAGCGUAUUAAGGUGUCACUCUUAACAUUUAUGUAACCUUUUGAUGCCAUUGCAUUGAUUUCUGAAUUUUGUGGAACAUUAUCCUUGACCUAAAACUGUACAUUUUAAGAGCAUGGUUGUUGAUUCUAGGAUUUGUAAGAAUAUAAUCCUUUCACCUUUCAUGUGAUGAAACUUAUACGAACGGCCAGUGGUUAUAUUAUCAGUGUGCAGGGAGGGGUUGGUGGGAAGAUUAGCAAGGGCAGGAAUGAAUUCAAAGGGGAUUCAAUAUUUGUACAUUUGCUGACAUUUUUUGGUCAUUGACAUCUUCAAAUGAUUGUUAUAGAAAGUUGCCAACAGCAAAAUAGUGUCAAAACAAGAAUACAUGCUCAAGGAAAUUUGAAAAAAGAUGAUGAAAAUGGCUUUCUACAUUCAGUAUUUUAUUUUAUUUCCCACCAACAAGAAAGCUUAAUAGAAUCAUUGCUUAUGUGAGUUAUUAAGGUUUUCAAAAUUAUAGAUGGGCUUUUAUCAGUGUAUAUUAAUAUACCUGUAGAUACAAUGUGUAUAUAAUGUCAAAUUUAAAACAAUUCUAGUCUUUCUAAAGAAUCUGCUUGUAUAGUUUAUUUUGUUGUAUUGAGUUUCUCUCCAACCUUUUAAAGCAUCAUGGCUGUUAUUAGCUGGCUGCUAUACUAUAUAGUUUUUAAUUUCCUCUUGUUUGGAUACCAUGUUGUUAUUCACAUAACACUAACUAAAAACUGUGAUGCCACGUAAUUUAUACAGUGAACCUAGCAGGGAUUAACUAUUUUGCUUUUAAUGAAACAGUCCUAUGUAUAUACUUACGAAAUACCUGUAGUUCAGAAAAAUGUGAUACUAUGCUAAAUAUAUUUUUAUGUGUAACUUACUGUAUGAGAUUGCUGUGAUUGAGAUAGUAAAAUAUAUGUUAAU